AUGGCCGCCCUCCAGCAAGCCGCGUGCGUUAGCCUACAGACGGCCUUCACGGGUCAACGUCUGAGCGCGGGUGGCGCAACAGCCGCGCGCGUCUCCAUCGCGGCUCCCAAACCCGUCGCGCCCGCACGCGCGCUUCUCGAUGACGGCGGGUCAGUGGGCAUUGCUGUUGCGGGCGGCGGUGCGCUCGCGGCACUCGCGACGGUGCUCUCCCUCGCCGACCCGGAGAAGAGGCGACAGCAGCAAGCGGAGGAAGUGGGCGGCAACGAGAUGGAUGCGGUGCGCAACUACUUCAACACGGCGGGGUACGACAGGUGGCGCCGCAUCUACGGCGAGACAGACGACGUCAACUCCGUGCAGCUGGACAUCCGUCAAGGCCACGCGCAGACCGUCGAAAAGGUGCUGAGGUGGUUGAGGGAGGAGGGCUCGCUGGACGGCGUCACGGUGUGCGAUGCUGGAUGCGGCACCGGCAGCCUGUCCAUCCCUCUGGCGCUGGAGGGAGCCACAGUGUACGCCAGUGAUAUCUCUGCCGCCAUGGCGGGAGAGGGCGCGGAGAGGGCCAAGGUGGCGCUGGCAGAAGCGAAGACGUCGAAGCAGCUGGUGAUGCCGGUGUUCGAGGCCAAGGACCUGGAGUCCAUUGACGGGCAAUACCACACUGUGACGUGUCUGGACGUGCUGAUCCACUACCCACAGGACAAGUCAGACGCCAUGAUCGCGCACCUCGCCUCGCUGGCCACGGACAGAGUCAUCCUCAGCUUCGCCCCCUACACGCCCUACUACGCCUUCCUCAAGCGCGUGGGCGAGCUGUUCCCCGGCCCGUCCAAGGCCACCCGCGCCUACCUGCACUCAGAGGAGGAGGUGGAGGGCGCUCUCAAGAAAGCGGGCUGGAGGGUGGUGAAGAAGGAAAUGACCGGCACCAAGUUUUACUUCUCACGCCUCUUCGAGGCCGUGCCUCUCUAG